UCGGAAGCUGUAGGCCAUCCGCCCCGGAAGUAGUAACUAUCUCACAGGAGGUGGAGCCUGAGGGGCCGGGUCUGCCAGCGGCCGCUGCGAGCUGAGGAGGAGCCGGGCCCUCAGCCGGGUAGAGGGGGGAACGCCGAGUGUCCUUAACGCAGCGGCUGGCACUUGGAGGGUGCGUCUUGUGAACGGGCGGGAGUCACAGAAACCAGGAAGACCCGGCGGCGGAGGAGAUGCUGCUCUUCGUGGAGCAGGUAACAUCGAAAGGUGCUGGUUUAAAUCCUAAUGCCAAAGUGUGGCAGGAAGUUCCCCAAGGAAGCACUGAUGCUCCUUCAUCCACUCAUGGAACUGAGAGUUCUUGGCAAGAAACAGCAGCUACUGCAGGGCCUAAUCCUGAUGGUUCCUUGGAAAUUCCAGAUGACAAUUGUAAAGAAUAUGAUGUGAUGUAUUCAUCUUGUGAAGCUUCACAGAGUAACACAGGUGUUGAAGAAGUACCCACAGAUGGAAUGGUUUUGUCACCAGAGGAUCUGAGUUACCAAAUUUAUGAUAUAUCUGGUGAAGGCAGUUGUACAGUUUCUGUUGAAGAUUUAAAGGAAUGUCUAAAGAAACAGUUAGAAUUCUGUUUUUCAAGAGAGAAUCUAUCUAAGGAUCUCUACUUGAUGUCUCAGAUGGACAGUGACCAGUUUAUCCCAAUUUGGACAGUUGCCAACAUGGAAGAAAUUAAAAAACUGACCACAGACCUGGAUCUUAUUCUUGAAGUACUAAGAUCCUCACCUAUGGUUCAAGUUGAUGAGAAGGGAGAAAAAGUGAGACCAAAUCAUAAACGAUGUAUCAUCAUCCUUCGAGAAAUCCCUGAAACUACACCAAUAGAGGAAGUUAAGGCACUCUUCAAAAAUGAAAACUGUCCCAAAGUGAUAAGCUGUGAGUUUGCGCAUAAUAGCAGCUGGUACGUUACAUUCCAGUCCGAUACAGAUGCACAGCAGGCUUUUAGAUAUUUGAGGGAAGAAGUUAAAACUUUUCAGGGCAAGCCAAUCAUGGCAAGGAUUAAAGCCAUCAAUACAUUUUUUGCAAAGAAUGGUUACCGCAUAAUGGAUUCCACUGUAUAUACUCAACCAGUUCAGACACAAGCACAGUUCGCCUCCCCACUCUUUAUGCAGCCUGUAUAUAGCCCUCAUCAGCAGUACUCAAUUUAUAGUAUUGUGCCUCAGCCCUGGUCUCCAAACCCUGCACCUUACUUUGAAACGCCACUGGCCCCUUUUCCCAAUGGUGGAUUUGUGAAUGGCUUUAACUCACCAGGAUCUUAUAAAACAAAUGCUGCUGCUUUGAGUAUAGGUCGACCAUUCCAUAGAAACCGCAUGAAGACUCAUUUUAGGUCAUCUAGUAGUUCAGAACACUCAGUGGAAGGAUCGACUGUAGUUGGAUCAGUGUCAUUAGGUGAUGGACCAUUGAACAGAACUAGCUCAAGGAACUUUCAGACUGAACGACAUAAUCACACACUAUCUGGGAACCAAGAACAAGUAUCUCCAAAGGAGUCUCCCACAUCGCAGAUGGAGCAGAAUGGUGACUAUGGUGUUGGUAGAGGCAGGAGAAAUCUUUUCAGAGGCCGGAGACGUCGAGAAGAAGACAGAAUUUCACGACCCCAUCCUAUAGCUGAAACAAAGACUCCUACACCAAAGUUUGAUUUGUUAGCAUCCAAUUUUCCUCCUUUGCCCGGUAGCUCAUCAAGAACACAAGGUGAACCUGCGCUGGAGAGCAGGAUGUCAGAUGUUGUUAAGGGAAUCUCCAAAGAAAAGGAGAACAAAGAAUUUCCAGCUAGUUGCCCAACUUCUUCUGAGGAAAGACAGACAGACAACAAUACCCAGUUGCCAAGCUUGAAUGCAAGUUCUCCAAAUAUAGCUGAGAUUCCUGUGUUAAGUAGCACAACUCAGCAGGAAAAAAAUCUGGUGGAAGUUUGCCCUACCAAGAAGGAUGUUUCUGACCAGACAGCUCCGCUUUUACCAUCUUGUUCCCCUAAUGCUGCAAAACCACCAAGGAUAAACACCACUUCACCCUGUAGCAAUGUCAAUGUGGCCACAGCUAUUGCUGUGCAGGAGCCCCGGAAGUUAAGUUACGCUGAAGUUUGCCAGAAGCCCCCCAAGGAGCCUCCUUCAGUUCCUGUGCAGCCACUACGAGAGCUUCGUUCCAAUGUUGUGUCACCUGCCAAAAAUGAAGAGAAUGGUGUUCCUGAGAAGUCGCAUGAAAAGCCAGAAGGAAGAGCUAGUAAGGAUUAUCCUGGCUUCCGUGGUAAUACAACUCCCAGAGGUGCAGCUGGAAAAAUCAGGGAACAGAGACGCCAAUUUGGCCAUAGAUCUUCACCUCAGGGAGUAACUCGGCGUAAUGGCAAAGAGCAGUAUGUGCCACCCAGAUCACCAAAGUAAAAACAAAGAAACAAAAAAAAACUGUUCAAAACUCCUAUCUCUUUCAGUUAAACUUGAACUGUGGAUUAAUGAGCUAUGUUGGAGGGGAGGGGGUAUAUAGCCAGGAAGGAGACAGGAGAGAAAGUAUGGCCUGAACCGUUGUGGAUCUUUGGAGUUUGUGAAAGGUGGAAUCCCGGAAUUCAUCUCUAAAGUGAUUUUAAAAUGCUGGAGGAUUCCAAUCAGUAUAAAUAUAUAUAUAUAAAUAUUAUAAUUUUUGUAUUUUUGUUUGUCUUUAAUUUGCAAGGUUUCCUGCCUGAAAUUAAUUUUGGGGGUUGAAAAUUAGCUGGAAAAAUGCAUAUUUACAGGUCCUUCAGUAUAGGAGGAGGUGAGGGAGUGAGAGAAAAUAUUUUUUGACAAAGCAUUUCUGUAAAAUUAGAAAUUACUUUUUUUAUCUAUUUAAAGUUAGGCUUGUAGAAUGCUGUUUUUGCCUAUAUGGCCUUGUGUUGCAAAUCAGAUCAUUGGCUGGCGUGCUUGGUUUGUGUGUUUGCGUGUAUGUGCCAGAAUGACAGAUUACAGCCAAUUCUGUUGUCAUAACUUAGUAACUGAUUUAAAAACUGAAUGUACUACUUAAGUAGAAUUUUUUUCCAGCUUGAAAUUUAGUCUGUCUUUUGACCUUACUAAUAUUUCAUUCAAUAAGCUUUUUAACUGAAUUUACUGGAGAUCUGAUUGUAGGUCAGAAUAAGUUUGAAGCUCAAGGAAAUGGGGGUGGGGGUGGGAAAGUAAAUAAAUAUAAAACUUGGUCUGAGACCUGUGCUUUCAGGUCUGGUAGACUGGAGGGGUUAAAACUACCCUGUUUUCUUUCCCCAAUAAGGGAAACAUAACAUCUUUUCAUUUUUGUUGCUUCAGUGUUGUUCUUUGUGCAUCCUCUCCCCAACCUAUGAUAGGCCUGUGUGUGCUUCUCAUUGCAUUAGGCAGGCAGGUCUAAUAAGAUCUUACUUGUAGGUGUGUUCUAAACAUGGCUUCUGAAAUAAGUGUUGCUCGUCACUUUGCAAUGCUUUGUUCAAGUAUUUGAAUACUUAAGACCCAGGUUGGAAGGGCAGGCCGCCCCUACAGUAAUUUGUGUUAUUGCUAAAGAUAAGGCUUUGUAACUAAUUCUUUAAAGUGUUAAGUACUGUAGAAGUCAAAUUUUUAUAAUUUGGGGAGAACUUUUCUGUUUACAGUGCAUACAAUGCCUGCAUCCUUCCCCCCCCAACAAAAUUUCUUUUUUUCCAGAAUUCUUGACAUAUACCAGGAGGUCAUAAAAUUUUAGGUUUUUGAGGAAAGACUGAGGAAGAAAGGUAGUUUAAAAAAAUAACCUGUGUAGGUUCUCAUUGUCUACAUUUGCAGCUCUGUUGUACACUGAACAGAUGAGUUUAUGUGCUCGUAAUUACAGGAAACGACUGAAAUAUAAAAAGGAAAAAAACCAUGUCGCAUUAAUCUGCUAAGUCAGACCCCAAGUUCAAAGUUCUGUAUAAAAGUUUUUUCUUUUUAGGAAUAGUUUUCAAAAGUAAAAAUUGUACCUUUUUCAGUGAAUUGCAAAUGUACAAAUUGAAGUUGUAAAUUGUAAACACUGGAAAGCACCGUCGUGACAUAUGCAGUAAACAUCUUAGUAAUAUAUACUAGUGAUGACAUUAGAAUGAAUGUAAGUGGAGGUAAAAUUACAUUACUGUGAAACUUUUCAUUUUUCAACUUUAGCUGGUUAACCUUUGGAGAUCUUAUUUAGUAGGUAACUGUUAACAAAUCACUUUAAAAAUACUGCACAUCUUUUUUUCUUACAUAAAUAUAAAUAUAUAUAUACAUAAAUAUAUAUAUAUAUAUAUAUAUAUAAGCCAGAGUUGUCAUUUCUUUGUAACUUAUUCAGCUUGGCAGUUGCUUUUGAUUUAACGGCUUGAUAAUUCUGUAUAAUAUAUUUAUGCAGUUUAAAACUGUUCCUUUCUACAUAUAAUUUUUAAGAAUCAUUAUUCACUAAAACAUACAAUAAAACUACCUGUGCUGAGUUUAGGGGAAGUUUUAGGUUCUUUUUAAAAGAAAAAUAAUAAUGAUAAUCACUGAUCACAUCUAUGGUAAAAAUGCUUAAUCAGUUUACUUAGAUAAUGCUGCAUUUGGUGGAAAUGGCAAAGAAAUGGCAAACAUUUGAAAGUGUUAACACUGUGAACUGCAUUGAGUUUCAGAGAAUAAACAUUUUAUAAAAUCAUUUGAUAUAGAUUAUAAACUUAAUUAUUGCACUCAAACUGAGAAAUAACCUUUACAAUGUAUUCACAGAUUUAGGCUUGCCAGUAUGCUGUGUAUGGAUUGUUAAGUAAAAACAUGUAUUUGUGCUUAUAAAGCCACCUAAUUUCUAAAAUUGCAGAUGUCCUAAUUCGAAUGACAAAUGGAAAGAACUUGUUCUGAGGAAUUCAAGUUGGUGAGGCCAAUGUGUUGAGUCUUGCUUUUUUAUUCAUUGGUUUUGUCUAGUACAUUUCUAACCGGCAGAGGGAUUGGCCAUCAGUGAGUGCUUGCAAUGCAUCAAGAGAGCUCUUCAGCAUUCUGGACUAUCAUAAAGUAGAGGGCUUGAUGGGAUUUUUAAAAAUCUACUUUAUUGCAGCUUCUUAGAGCAAUCAGUACCUUUUGUAGUGAGGCACUGAGAAACUCAGUAUGUAGCCUUUAUUUCAUAGCAGCAUAUUAAAGUCUCUGUCCAGUGAUGCCUGUUACAUGUGUGAAGCUAUUGACUUUUUUCUGGCAUUAUUCUAUAGCUAAUAGAUGAAGGGAAUUCACCAUAUUUAUUUGGUUCUUGAACAUAAAUAUUAAGGUCCCAUUUUCUUUCUUUGGGGGCUAAAAGUAAAUGCAAGCAGCUGUGAAAACUAAAUCUCUGCGUGACCAUGAAUUUACUCCUACAGUACUUGUUGCAUGAAGUGCACAUAGCACAGAUUGGCUGAAGUAAGCUGUCUUCAUAUUCUCCAAAUGUUCCUGCAAGUUCCUCACCUUUCAUUUUUUCCCCUUUCCUUUCAAAAGGAAUGGAAACCUUCUGCAUUUUUAGUCUUGUCCAUUUCAGUUUCCUUCAACACCUAGUUUUUCCUCUAGCAAACGCAAUUUCAGUUUUUAGCAAAUUUCAACACUGGUUUUCAAAAAUAGUUGCCAUGGGAUCUUAAUGGCUAAUUAUUUCCCCAUCCAGUCUUUGAAGGAAGACUAGAUUGUUCAGGGGGUUUUGUUUUUGUUUUGUGUUAUGUGCUAAAUUUGCAUGUGAACAAAUGUUAGCAUAUACAUUUUUGAUUCUUCUGAUUCCUAAAAUUAAGGUAGCUUGAGUGUAUUGUCUUACAUUCCUUUUUUUGUUUGUUUGUUUGUUUUGGUAGAGAUGUAACCAACUUAAGCUUGGUGAAAGGUUUCAAGGUGCAGUUUUAGCAGUAGAUACAGAAGCGUAAUGCAACCCAUUAUAACUACUGGAAAGGAGGAACAGGAAGGAUGUUGCUGGAACAGAAUAGUAUUUAAAAAUAACUUAAUACAUUACUGUAGUAUUCUCAGUUACAGCCUUACAGCUUUGUUUGUCAGCUUCAUUGUCCACUGGUUUUUACUGUCUGACACACAUGAGCAGUCACCUGGGUUAAAUCUGCAAUGUUUGUGCUGGCGUGUUAUACAAAUGGGUAAAAUGCACCAUUUUAUUACAGAUAAGAUGCAACAGAAAUACCCAUAGGGGAGAAAUUGCCUCUAAUAGGUUUUUAUAAAUUCAUAACUACGACAGAUAUGCAAUAGAUCUUUUUGGGGGUUUUUUUAUAUGUAUUUCCUUGUAACCUGGUUGCCAUUAAUCUAAACACCUUAUGCUUUAUUGUGUAUGUUAUAUGUAGUCUGGGCUUCCUUUAAAGAAGGUACAUAGUAGUUUCCGUUUUGAUUAGCUCUGAAUUUGGACAUUUUCAGAGUUUGGUGAUAAAGGGGGUUUAUUUUAGUGUAUAGUUGGGGGUAAAUCCAUUCUGAAAAUUCAUCUGGUUGUUAAUCUGUAACCAUUUAAAAUUGGACAUUGAAGAACUGAGGUCUUGUUCAAAUGAUUCUUCAAUUGCAGAUAAUUUCCAAAAGUGCAACUCAGACAUUAAAAGAGGUUUGUUUUUGGUUUUAUUGAACUCAAAAUAGAUGACUACAUAUCUCUAUAUAUACACACAUGUAUGUUUACAUAUAUAGAUACAUAUGUAUAUGUAUUUCCAUAUGUAUGUGUGUAUGCCCAUAUGUGUGUGCCCAUCAGUUUUCUCCUCAGAUGAUUCAGACUUCCCUUGGCAUUCACAUCUCUUAACAAAAUGGUGAAGAGGGGGGGUUGGGAAGAAAAACAGAACCAACUAUCUGGCUUCUACUUCGUCCAUUGCUCUGGUUUAUUCCUGUUGUCAAGACUGUCCAAAACAAUAUGGUGUGACAUAGGCUCAUGCUUUAAAUGUUAAACUGAUUACAUCCAUGUAUUUGUAUUUUUGUUUUUGACAUUGCCAAGGUGCUAUGGGAAAUUAAAAUAACACAAAAUUAGAAAAAAUAAAGCUGAUUUAAAAACAAAA